AUGGCAGUAUAUGGUAAUAUAUCCUAUUGGAAUGAACGAUACACAAAGGAAGAAGAACAAUUUGAUUGGCAUCAAAAAUGGUAUGGUGUAAAACACAUAUUCGACGAAUUAAAUAUACAAAAUAAUGCAAAAAUUUUGAAUAUUGGAUGUGGUACAUCAAAGUUCAGUGAAGAGAUGCUUGAUAGCGGUUAUACUGACAUAACCAACAUCGACGCAUCCUCUGUGUGCAUAAAUAAAAUGAAAGAGAUAUACAAGGACAAGCCUAAUUUAAAAUAUAUCCAAAUGAAUGUCUGUGAUAUGAAAUUGUUUAAAAAUGCAGAAUUUGACUUGAUUAUUGAUAAAGCGUGUCUUGACUCUAUAGUUUGCUCAGAAGAUUCUUUAAAAAAUGUUGAAGAAAUGCUAUGCGAAACAUCAAGAGUUUUAAAACCCGAAGGUGUUUUUAUUAUUAUAUCUCAUGCCCAACCGUCCUAUCGAUUGGGAUAUUUACAAAAGCAAGAUUAUAAAUGGAAUGUUACGGUUAAAACAGUUAAACGACCCAUGCUAGGAAUAGUAGCCCCCCCUAUAGAUGACAGUUUACACUAUGUUUAUAUUUGUACAAAAGGAAAUGCGCAAGCGUAA